AUGGGCAGCGUGAAACAAGAGUCAGGAUGCCGGAUCAUUAGGCGGAAUCUAAGGGGGUCUGCUUACCUUUGCUCUUUCAAAGACAGCCUUGAGCCUGCAGGAAUAAGAACUGUGUGCAAAUGUGCUGGCCUGAACACAGAAGGAGCAAGAAAGAAAUCACCCAGACAAGGAAACAAAGAGAGAAGCUUUUCCAAUCACUUUCCCGAGCUUUUUCAUUUAAUUUCCCCACCAAACCAUCUCGCCUCCAAGCGUAACCACCAGGUUCACGCCAGGUCCAAGGACUGGGCUGGACUGGCCAUCCCACCUCCUGGCCCUCGACUCCGCUCGGGCCGGUCGCCAAGCGUCGCCUCGCCCCCUCUCCCCCGCCUCCCCACUACCCCCGCCGGCCUCAGUUUCUGGUUACCUCUCGCGUGCGCUUCACUUUUGGGGGGAAGAAGAGAAGAAGGGGAGGGAGGCGCUGAGGGGGGCAGCCGAGUUGCUAUUUGUGGCCAAAGAAUCCUCUUUAAAAGAAGCAGCAGCAGGAAGGAGGAAACAGGAGAGGCGGAGGGAGGAGAGGAGACGCGGCCCCGGACCCCCCAGCUGCGAGCGGCGGAGCAUCGAGGAGCGGGAGGAGGAGGACGAGCAGCAGGAGGAGCGGGGAGCGGAGACACACAGCGGCGGCGGCAGCCGGAGCAGCGAGCGCUGGGCGAACAGGAGGAACGGGAGGAGGAGAAACCGCCGCGGCAGCCGCGGGCUCAGAAGGGCCAGGAGGACGGCCCGGGAAGAGGAGGAGGAGGAGGCGGAGGAGGAGGAGGCGAAGGGGGUAGGGGUGGAGGGAGGGCGGGGGGACGCGCUCCUUUGGAUGCUGGAUUUCGGGUUUUUGGACUCACUCGCUCACUCUCCUCCACUUCCUCGCUGUGGACUGGGCUGGCCGCACGAGGGCCGGGCGGCGGCAGCGACCAGGGGAAGCCCCGCGGCGGUGGCCGCAGCUCGGCGGGAUUAAAUUGGCCGCCCGGAGGCGGCGGCUGGGGCGGGCGCGGGCUGCGCGGCCGUGGCGGGGCGCGAAGGCGCUGGAGCAAAGUGCUGGUGGCGGCGCGGGAGGCGGUGGCGGCGGCUGCCCGGAGCCAACAUGACCAGGCUCUGAAAGUGUUCCAGCUGAAAUUUCAGAUCGGACAGACUCGCUGCGGCUUCAGAGGCAGUGAUUCCAAGCUGCCAGCGCAUGCUGCUGCCAAGCUGCAGGAUGGUGCACGUAGCCAGGCCGCUGCUGCUGCUCCUCGCUGUCUUCCUCCGCGCGGAUGCUGAGACACCUCCGAGGUUUACACGAACUCCCGUUGACCAGACAGGGGUCUCUGGCGGAGUUGCCUCUUUCAUUUGCCAAGCUACAGGAGACCCAAGACCUAAAAUUGUCUGGAACAAAAAAGGAAAAAAAGUCAG